GCUGCCUGACGCGGAGUGCCAAAAUCGCGCGCAAACAGUUAGAAUUUUGGUUGGGCCAAUUGCCACCUUACUGGUUUUCUGAUCCGCGUAUUUUAAAUCUAUUUUCUAGCGCCUAAUUUCGCUUUUAAUAGACCAUUAGAAACACGCGUUAAUUGCACCGUGAGGACUUUCUUAGAUUUUAUUCCAAGUGGACACGAAUUGGAAAGGUCGCGUGAAGGUACCAACUCGUGAGUGUUUUGUGGGGUCUAAUGUGUCGUCUUGUUGGGACGAUUAGGUCUUGUUUUGUGUGAUUAGUUUCCCGGUUUCGCUGACGCAUUUUCCGGGCUGAAAGCAGAUUCUAACAUCCUUUUAGCUGGAGUUACAUGUCCAUUGAAGACACCAAAAUGUCCGUGGAUGACAUUGCGUAUGAAUAUCACACAACUUCGAAUGCAUUUAUUUGGAAGGAUAUGGACGAUAAGGAGGAUGAUUUCGAAAGUAUAAAGCGAGAAAUUGAUAUCACAGUCAAAAAAGAAGUCGAAGAUCCAGAAACAACGCAGUCCAGUGCUCGGGGGUCCAUACAAUUACCAACGCGAACAAUUAAAACCGAAAUCAAAACAGAAGUAAAGCGGGAGCCAACUGAUGACCGAGAUUUAGAAAUAGAUUUUAUAGACAGCGCCAACGAGGCAAAGUUCGAGCGACUCGUCAAAGAAGAGAAAAUCAAAACACCAUACAAACGACGCUACUCUGCCAAUUCAUCCAAUUCCAAUAGCCGAUCGAGCAGCCCAAAUUCAUCUCCAGAGAAACGCGAAAGCCUUUUACACAAGAAAUCUCGUCUGGACAGCAUUGGAAAUAUCAGCGAAAAAUCAAAUUCAUCGGGAUCCAGUCAUCACACAAAGGAACGCGAAACUGAUCCUGGCACCCUUGCGCGAAGACAAAAACAAAUUGACUACGGAAAAAACACCUUAGCCUAUGAUCGUUACCUCCAAGAAGUACCAAAGGAUAAACGCACAAAAGACCAUCCCCGCACACCAAACAAAUAUAAAAAAUACAGUCGGCGAGCAUGGGACGGUCUGAUAAAAGUGUGGAAGAAGCAGUUGCACUUUUGGGAAUCUUCCGCCGAUGCUGCAGCGGAUGGUGGUGCCGGAGGUAGUAGCGAUGAGCGAUCGACAGGAGGGGCGACUGGGAGUAGCAAUGAGAGGUUAAACUGACCAUUUUGUUUUUAUACCCAAAAGUUUGAUAUUUCAUAUAAAAAUAAUGGGACCGAUACCAAGGAAGUGCAGGGUAUUGGAAUAUAUGUAUCAAGAAUAUUUUGGAUACGAACUUGAAAGUGAACGGCGUUGCUCUUUUAUUACGCAUGUUUCCAUGAGACUGUUUUAGUUACGUUACGAAUAAGCCUAUGUGAAUGAAUAUGUUGCGUUUUUCUAUUUUCUCAUGUAAAUAUAUAUGAUAACAAUGGAAGAUAAGAAUA